AUGGCUGUUGUAGCUUUGGUCACAGUUCUCUACUUCUCAUUAUUUCUUGUAGUGCGGGCUAUUAAUGCAGGUUGCAAUUGUGUGGUGUUUGAUGAUACGUAUGGUAAAGAAUAUGGUGUUUUUACGUCACCCAACUGGCCCGUCCCUUACGAAGACAAUAUUGAUUGUCUUCUGUACACUUUCAUAGGACACGAGGAAGAUAUUGUUGAAAUUACUUUCGACGAAUUUGAUGUCCAAAAGAAGAAUUUAGAAUGUAUCUACGGAGAUUACGUCAAAUUGUUCCUUCACUUGGAUGAAGCGGGAGUGAACGAACAGAGUCCAUGGAACAUCGUCCUCUGUGGGAAGAUAGCAGAUAUAGAACAGACUCAUUACUCCUCAGGGAACAGCCUUAUCUUUGAGUUUCAUUCAGACUGGCAAAAUGGAAACAAUACUGGAUUCCGUGGAACAUACAGGUUUCUAAGCAAAAAACUGUUUGAGAUUGAUGGUGAAUUGCUUCACGCUAGCACUUGUGACUAUCAAUUUAUCAGCACAAAUGGAAGUCGGAGCAGGGGUAAAUUUUAUUCACCUCAGUAUCCGAGUACUUAUCCUCAAAAUACUCAGUGCGCCUAUCAUUUCAUGGGCAAGUAUAAUGAGAAAGUCACUAUUAUGUUCGAACAAGUACGAUUGCAAAAAAGCGAUUUAAGUUGUUUGCACAGUCCUGAUGUGAUUAGGGUUUAUGAUGGAAAAGACGGAAACAGUCAGCUGAUAGGCCAAAUAUGUAAUAUCAACAUGUUUACGGAAUUAGUAUCGACGGGUCCAGAUCUUUAUAUUGAAUUUGCUAGUGAAAGUCAUUUUCCUGGUCCUGGUUUCAAAGCUACAUUUCUUUUUGAGGAAGAUACUUUAAAUGUUGGAGGUCCUAUCGAAAUACCUUCUACAGAGCCAGACAACGGUGGCCAGAAGAUCCAGCCCACUUCUUCCCAGCCAGCAGUUACAAUGUGUGGUAGCAGAAUUAGCAGUCGGAUGUCAAAAAAUGGUACUUUUACGAGUCCAAACUAUCCCGGAUCUUAUCCAGCUAACACUCAUUGUAUUUAUCACUUUUCCGGGAGAGGAAAAGAAAGAGUCCAAAUCCUCUUCACUGAUUUUGAUCUAUAUAAACCCGAUGAAACCACAAGAGAUUGCGAAAACAUUGAUGCAGUAACAAUCUCGAUUACAAUUAAUGGACAAAAAGAACGUAUAGAUAGUUUUUGCGGUCAAAACAAACUCCCAGCACAGUUAAUGUCAAAUGGUCCUACUAUGGUGGCAGAAUUUAGAAGUUAUACCUCUUCACCCAACAUUAAAGGCUUUCGAGCAGUCUACAGAUUUGUUACAAACUUUGGUGUUUCUACAGGAAAACCGGAUUCGAAAUCAGUUUGUGGAUUUACUUUCAAUGCAUCCGUAAGUUCUUAUGGCAAUUUCACCUCACCGAAUUGGCCCGGUUAUUAUCCACGCAAUACCGAAUGCCACUAUUUUUUUCACGCUCAGAAUAACGGAAGAGUUCAAAUUACUUUUGCGUAUUUCGAUGUUGAAGGAGUCACCCCUUGUACAAUGGAUACAGCUAGUGAUUAUGUCGAAUUUUCGAAUUCUCGUUCUGUGGAUAAAAAAAUUCCGAGAUUCUGCGGCUUAAAAAAACCUAAAGUUAUUAAGUCCGAAGGCGAAUACUUUAGAAUCACUUUUAAAUCUAACGAUAGAUUUGACGGUACGGGAUUUGAUGCUAUUUACCAGUUCAGAAAUGCAGUUGCUUUAUUCACUUUAAUGUCGCAACGAAAGUCAUUAAAAGAACCAGAAACAACCAUUAAACCAUUCGAGCAAUGUUAAACAACUAAGAACACUUAGUAACAAAAAUCCGUUUACCGUGAAAAGAAUAAGAUCAGCUACAUCUUCACUAACAUCAAAAUUAUCGGUGUGGUUCCAUAUAGUCACUGCUAUAUCACUAUACUUCAUCAUUCACUCGAUCGAACGGGUAUGUUAAAGCACCCGAUUGCAAUCAAGACUUGUCACCGGACGUCAUGUUACAAUGAUAUCAAGCUGAGGAGAUUUAUAGACGAUACUGUCGCCAUCACAGAACUCUCCAGUGUCAGAAUGACCAGGAAUGAGAUUACAGCUGUUUUGGUGCUACAUAACUCAUCGAGAAUAGAAUGGAGAAGUGGAGAUUAUAUAUAUACAUACAUCAUCUACACAACAUCACCAGAUUUCGCAUUCCCUUCCCUCAUGUUCACCUUCAAGUCUUUUCUUACUGGACUCGCAUUCCAAAGUUUCAUUCAAAUAUAUUAUCAGACCUUUAGACAAUUUUAUAAAAAUUAGACAUAUU